AUGCCAUGUGCGGAAGGUGACCUGUGCCGCAUACCGGACAGAACGCCACAAGUCCCUAAUGGCCACGUCUGCCGGGGACGAUGCGGCGGGCGGCUCCAUGGCGAAUGUGGAAGCAUGUUUGACGACAGCGAGCUGAACCGCAUCUGCAGUACGUGCGUAGCCAACACUGGCAAGCGCAAAGCGAGAGCAGCAGAGGGUGCUGGGAAGGGGCAAUCUAAACGCCCGAAAGCACAAGAGGGGAGUAAGAACGAAGCUCGUAAGCGACUGGACGUACACCAGAAGGUAGAAAUCCUCAAGCUGGUGGAUGCGAAGCUCUCUCAAGGAGAGAUAGCAGACCGCUUCGGGUGCUCGGAACGGUUGAUCCGCAAAGUGAAGGCCGAGCGGGAGAGGGUGGAGAACGAGGCUGCUGAAGAGGAGGGGGGUAGCGACGAUGAAAACGCGGGCCGCGGGCGGCGUGCCCCACCGGGUUACGCUGAUCUGUCGUAUCACUUCGGGUACCUAGAGACGGCAGCGGAGGAGAGUGGCAACGGAGACGCCGUGCACCACCUGUCGAAAGCGAGGACGGCGAUGAUCGCAGCGCAUACCGCAAAGCGGGCUCGCCAGGCAGACAUGCGGGAAUUCAUCGCGACGUAGUGAGGGCGGGGGUUACAGCUACAGCGGCUGUUUGAUUUCUUGCAUGUCCCGUUCUUGCGGUCGUGUUUUGGAGGGUGAGGAGGAGACAGAUUUAGCUUCCUCCUUCACCAAUAGGUUGUGCCAGCAGGAGCUUCGCAAAAGCAGUGUUACCGCCAAAAAUCCAUGGGCUUCAUGAUCAGUGGUUUGCUUUCGCUGUCGAGGAGUGAUGUUGAGGUUGCGCGAAAUGAUUUGAUCCGUUUGAGGCCAGUGCCACGGCAUUCUUGCCAAUAAAAUGUUGGACAUCUAUGAGGUGCAUCCUUUGCGAUGUUCAUGUGAAGGGUUUAAGUCAGGUUGUGCAAGUGUGCAGUACGUGCGCUGAGGUGGGUACAGCUACAAGGUGCAGCAUGUGU